AUGAAUUUGCUAUUCCAAAUAUCUAAUAAAUGUUAUGAUGCUUUUUAAAAAGCAUAUUAAUAGGAGUAACCAAGGUCAGUGGAUAAAAUUAGUGAAGAUAAUCGCAAGUUUUUGAUUUUAAAUAAAGACACUGGACUUUAGUUUGAUUGUAGGAAUUUGGAAAAUUUGGAAGUUCCAGUUUUCGAUUUAAAGGAAGUGGCUUGGAAAAACUAUUGGAAAUAGAGUAGAGAGAUUAGUGAUUAAUUACUCUAGUGUGUGCAGCAUAAUGACAAGGAUAAAGUCAUUGAAUUACUUAGUUAAUCUGAUGUCUACAUUGAUAUUAACAUUAAAGAUUAUGAUGAUUGGACUCCACUGCACUUUGCUUGUUAGUAAAACAACUUAGAGAUAGUGCAAUUCUUACUAAAUAAAGAAGCAAACCCAAAAUCGUUAUCUUUAGAUAAAAAAUCUCCAUUGCAUAUAGCAUCUAUAAAGAAUAACUCUGAAAUUUGCGAAUUGUUGAUAAAUUAUGGAGCUAACUUGGAUGAAUAAGACUCAGACUUAAACACUCCUUUACACAUAGCCUCGAAGUAUGGAAAUGAAAAAGUUUGUUAAAUUUUAUUAGAGAAAAAUGGCAAUCAUGAAUCAAAGAAUAACCAAAGCUUAACUCCUAUAGAGUUGGCUUCAGAUAUUAAUAUAAUUGAGGUGUUCAAUAGAUAUGGAAUAUCUUUAAACAAUUUUACUUAUACUCGAACAGUAAUAAAAGAAUAGAAUUUAAUAUUGCAGAAUAGUAGGAGGGACCAUGUUGAAAGAAUAUUAAAGCUAACUUAGAAGCGAUCUAAGAAACCAUCAGCUAACACUGCAGAACCUAAUAAUGAUUAAAGAGUCUCGAUUAUUGUAAGUGACACUAGAUCUGCUUGGAAUAAGAUUGUUAAUCUAGCUGCUUCAUUUUAUAGAGUGCCAAUCAAGGGAAACAACUUAAGUGCACUUUCAGAAAUAGAAUAAAAUCGGAUAGGACCACAAUCAUUCUAAUUUUAUUAAAAAUUAGGCGAAGGGGGGUUUGGUGAAGUCUAUUUAGUUGAAAAGAUUGGUUAAUUGCCAAAAAAAUAUUAUGCUAUGAAGAUUUUAAAAAAGGAAGAUAUUAAUACUUCUAAUAUUAUGAAGUCGGCUCAAAUUGAAAAAGAUGUUUUAAAAAUGAUGAAUCAUCCAUUUAUAGUAAAAUUAAAUUGGGCUUUUUAAACUUCCGAUCACUUAUACCUUGUAAUGGAUCUAUGUUCAGGAGGAGACUUAGCAACUCAUUUGGAGUUAUUGAAUUCUUAUCCUGAAGCUGUUGUUAAGAUAUUUGCUGCAGAAAUUACUUUGGCUCUCGAAGAAUUGCAUUCCUAAGGAAUUAUAUUCAGAGACCUAAAACCUGAAAAUGUUGUUUUAGAUGCUGAUGGCCAUGCUCUAUUGACUGAUUUCGGGCUUUCCAAAUCAGGAAUAGAUGAGGAAAUUUUGAAUCAAUCUUUUUGUGGGACUUUAGCCUAUUUAGCACCAGAAAUGUUAAUGAAAAAGGGCCAUGGUAGAUAAGUUGAUUGGUACAUGUUGGGGAUACUAAUUUAUGAAUUACUAGUUGGGGCUCCUCCUUACUAUGAUUCUGAAAAGGAAGUGCUCAAAGAAAAUAUUAAGAAAGCUCCAUUAAGAAUUCCAAAAAGUUUAAGUUAAGAAGCCAAGGAUAUUAUAAUUAAAUUAUUAAUUAGAGAUCCUAAAAAACGUUUGGGAUGUAAAGAGGAUGCUAAGGAAAUUAAGAAUCAUCCUUGGUUCAAUGAUAUUGAUUGGCAGGAUUGUUAUAAUAAAAAAUUAUAACCUCCUAAACCUCUCGUUUUUCAUAGGCCACAAGACCCAAGAAAAAUUACUUUUAGCAAAAUUAGCACCAAAAAUAAACUCGAGGAUUGGACUUUUUUUGAAAAUUGA